AUGGCAGCGGCGCAACAUUAUUACACUGAGCCUCAUCCUAGCAGAGCGUCUGAGCCGCCAUUGGCAAUGGUUCUGAGCGUUUUGAAACUGACCAGGAUCUUCCUCUACUGCGCUUCCUCCUGCUCCGCAGUCAGGAUGGUCUGCCGCCCUGCGCCUGCGCUUCUCGUCCUCAUCUCGCUUGUCGCUCUCGUCUUGGGGGUCUCUUCCUCCAGCCUUUUCAUCCCCCACGCGCGAGUUGACACCCCUUUCCUCACACAAGCCUCGCACUGGUUCAACCAGACUCGAGACCACUUCUCCCCGAUCCCAGUCGGCACCUUCACUCAGCGCUUCUACGAGUUCUUCGACCAUUUCCACGCCCCCAACGGGCCAGUCUUUCUCCUCAUCUGUGGGGAGGCCCCCUGCGGCGGGAUCCCCAAUGACUACCUCCGAGUUCUGGCUGAGAAAUUGGGGGCAGGUAUUGUGGCCCUGGAGCACCGGUUUUACGGGGAGAGCUUCCCGGCACCUGACACGAGCGCUGCCUCCCUUCGUCUGCUGUCCUCCAAGCAAGCGCUUGCAGACUUGGCGGCGUUCAGAAACUUCUAUCAAGGGGUGUUGAGUCAGAAGUACGGGGUGAGCGAGAACCAGUGGGUCAGCGUGGGGAUAAGCUAUGCCGGGGCGCUGAGCGCGUGGUUUCGGCUGAAGUACCCGCACCUAGUUACUGCGGCGCUCUCCAGCAGCGGGGUGAUCCAAGCGAUCUUGGAAUUCCCAGAGUUCGACGAGCAGAUUGCCACGUCAGCAGGGCCGAACUGCAGCGCCGCGUUGAGGGCCGCGACAGCGGCGCUCGAAGCGGCGGUUGUCAAGAACGAGGCGCUGGUUAAGGCGCGAUUCGGAGCGGACGGGUUUUCGGACGGUGACUUCUUUUACCUGGUGGCGGACGCAGCGGCGCUCGCCAUCCAGUACGGCCACCCCGACGAGUUAUGUGACCCUCUGGUGGCUGCUUAUGGCGCGGGCAGCGAUAUGGCGGAGACUUUUUUGAGCUAUACGAGGUCGUUCUUCUACAAGGAUAUGGGGAACGAUCCGUUGUCUUAUGGCAUGCAGAAUGUGAAGGACGAGAGUGUACAUAGCCGGUUCGCAUCGGAUAGGUGCUGGUGGUGGCAAAAGUGUACAGAAGUUGCGUAUUUCCAAGUAGCUCCUGUAAAUGGUAGCAUCCGCUCGCAGAAAGUAGAUUUGCAGUAUCAUCUUGAUAGAUGUAAAUAUUUUUUUGGGGAUGCUGUUUUCCCGCAGGUUGAUGCUACAAACGUAGAGUAUGGGGGAAAAGCCAUCAGGGCAAAGAAAGUUUUUUUUACUAACGGGUCGCAAGAUCCCUGGCGCCAUGCCAGCAAGGACCAACCUUCAGAAGACCUGCCCGCUCAGGUGAUGCAGUGUCAUAAUUGUGGGCAUGGUACAGACUUUAGGGGCUGCCCGCAAAGUCCAUCGCAGCCAAACGGCAAUAGCAGCAAGUGCGAGCAUCCUGCUGCAGUUGACAAAGUAAGAGCUGAUGUAGAGGCGCAAUUGAAAGGGUGGUUGAACGUCAAAUAUUCUGAGUUUGUGAUAUAGACAUCAUAUUGUUGUGAGAUUCGGUGAAAUUAAAUCGAAAACGCAGUGUACGCCUGGCCCAAUCGUGCUAUACAUUUUCUGCCACUGUCCGCC